AUGUUUCCGAAAACACGGUUGUCAGUCAGCUGCGAUGUCAAGAGACGUCCAAGCGUCGUUGCCCAAGACCUUGCAUUGGCUGCUGCUCUGCGCGGGUUCCUCUGUGUCAAGGCCAUGUGGAGAAAAGGCUGUCAACCUUUACGCACGAUGACGCCGAUUCGCACGUUGCAAUCCAGGGAACAGGGUCGGUUUUCCGCCGCAGACGGAGUGUUAGAGUUCAGUCUGUCCAUAGUUGGAGGUCCGGAGAAAAUAGACAUUGGACUCUCCUGUAUCGUCCGAGACCAUCACGGUUCAAACCGAAUCAGUACACCAUCCAACAAUCAAUUCCUCGAAGAAGCUCAACUUGCUCGGAUCUAA